UCUCUUCUAUUAACAAGCUGCUGUGAAUAAGUAAAUAAGGCAAUAAGUGUGUCUUGUGAUUUGUGACUUCUUGUGAGCUGUUUGUUGACUUGGAAGUUCAGACGGUUAUUUAUCUUUUUUUUUUUUUUAGGUGAGUGUAGUUAUUUCAAAAAACCACAUGGGGACAUUGUAGACCAUCACAUUUUGAUGCUCCUCGUGGUUGCUUGAGGCUCCUCCCAGAAUCAGAGGAUGAUGAUGUUUCUCUGGGCUUUGUUACAAAGAGACGCAGGGCGAGAGUGGAUUGUGUUGCCAUCAUUUUGUCCAUUAGCCCUACAAAGAUCAAGAAUCCGGAUUCUACCAUUUUGCUUUUAUUCUGAAUAAUUCGAUGGGAUUUUGGAGACUGGAAUCCAUAUGCUCUUCUUACGUUUGAUAUAAAUAUGUCGACGCGGAGGAUAUGCAGCCAUUUAGGAAUUUAUGUAGUCGUUGUUCUGUUGGAUUGUUGCUGGGAAGCUGUGUCUGGGCAGCUCUCUUACUCUGUAUCAGAGGAGGUAAAUCCAGGGACAUCUGUGGGAAAUCUCGCCAAAGAUCUAAAUCUUAAUGUUCCCGAUUUAGAGGCACGUAUGUUCCAGAUUGUAAGUGGAUCAAAGAGAAAAUAUUUCGAAGUAAAUCUGAAAACGGGUGUCCUUUAUGUAAAUGACCGAAUAGACCGCGAGGAACUCUGUGCAAAGGCUACAAAAUGCACCGUUAAUGUAGAGGCAGUGAUCAACAAUCCACUGAAGCUAUAUCGUUUGGAGAUAAAUAUAGUCGAUAUAAAUGAUAUUGCACCGGAUUUCUCUGAGAAUUCGCAGACUCUUAACAUUGCUGAAAGUACUGUGCCAGGAGGGAAAUUUGGAUUUAUUGGAGCGUCAGAUCUCGACGUUGGUAAGAAUAGUGUUAAUACCUAUGAGCUAAGUCCAAAUGAUUAUUUUUCUUUAGAGAUUCACAGGGGUGGGGAGAGUGUGUCUGCCAAGCUUGUGCUUCAGAAAGCUUUAGACCGAGAAACACAACCUACAAUAAAACUCACAGUGACCGCGGUCGACGGAGGAAAUCCACCGAAGUCAGGGACAUCCCAAAUUCUUAUAAAUGUUUUAGACAAUAACGACAAUGCUCCUAUUUUCAGCCAACCCUUAUACAAGGCACGCAUUUUGGAGAACAUAGCAGUAGGUAAAACUGUUGUAGUUUUGAAUGGGACAGACGCAGAUGAGGGUUUAAACAGUGAAAUAGAAUAUUCAUUUAGAAGUAAAGGUCAGGAGCAGGUUUUAGAUUUAUUUCAAAUAGACUCUAAAACAGGUGCAAUUUUAGUCAAAGGUGAGAUCGACUAUGAGGAAAAUGCAGCGUUUGAGAUUCAUGCACAAGCCAGUGACAAAGGCCAGCCUCCGAUGUCAGCCGAUUGUAAAGUGCUGGUAGAAGUGGUGGACCUGAACGACAACGCUCCUGAGAUCACUGUGACAUCACUAUUAAAUACAGUGAGGGAGGACGCUGAGGCGGGUACUGCCAUUGCACUUGUUUCUGUACAGGACAAAGAUAGUGGUAAAAACGGGGCAAUGAAAGCUGUAAUUGCAAAUAAUGCACCAUUUAAACUGGACACAAAUUAUAGAAAUUAUUACUCAUUAGUAGUUAAUGGUCCGCUUGAUAGAGAGACUAAGGCUCAAUACAAUGUUACUAUUGUAGCAACUGAUGAAGGGACUCCACCUCUCUCCAGCACCAACAUAGUUACUGUUCUUGUUUCUGAUGUCAAUGAUAACCCACCUCGCUUCUCUGAGCCGCUAGUUAAUGUUUAUGUGAAAGAGAAUAGUCCAGUAGGAUCUGUUAUUAAGACAGUGACUGCAGUUGAUGCUGACAUGGAUCAAAAUGGUCAGGUGAGAUAUUCAUUUAUACAUAACAACAGCAACUCAGUGCCUCUCUCGACAAUGGUAAACAUCAACUCAGAGACUGGAGAUAUAGUCAGCCUGCAGGCCUUUAACUUCGAGGAGUUAAAAACUUUUCUGUUUAAAGUUCAGGCCACAGACUCUGGUGUUCCUCCGCUCAGCAGCAACGUGACUGUGAACGUUUUUAUCCUGGAUGAGAAUGACAACAGUCCCUCGAUUCUCGCGCCCUAUUCUGAGCACGGCUCCGUUAACAGUGAGAGCAUCCCCUACUCUGCUGAAGCAGGAUACUUUGUGGCAAAGAUCAGAGCUGUAGACGCAGACUCUGGAUACAAUGCGCUGCUUUCUUAUCACCUCUCUGAGCCCAAGGGAAACAACCUCUUCAGGAUCGGAACCAGCUCCGGGGAAAUCAGGACAAAGAGGAGAAUGAGUGACAAUGACCUGAAAACUCACCCCUUGGUGGUCUUGGUCUCUGAUAACGGAGAACCCUCCCUAUCAGCUACUGUUUCUAUUGAGGUGGUGGUGCUUGAAAGCACAGCUGACAUCCAGACUCAGUUCAGACAUGUGCCCAUAAAGGAGGACAGCUUCUCUGAUUUAAACCUGUAUCUGCUGAUCGCCAUUGUGUCGGUGUCAGUGAUUUUUCUGCUGAGCCUCAUCAGUUUAAUAGCAGUCAAAUGCCACAGGACAGACGGCAGUUUCAGCAGGUACAGCGCCCCAAUGAUCACCACCCACCCUGACGGGAGCUGGUCUUACUCUAAAGCUACUCAGCAGUAUGACGUCUGUUUCAGCUCAGACACGCUCAAGAGUGACGUAGUGGUUUUCCCUGCACCGUUUCCACCUGUGGAUGCAGAGCUGAUCAGUAUUAACGGAGGAGACACUUUUACCAGAACUCAGACUUUACCUAAUAAAGAAAAGGCCAGUGACAAAGGCCAGCCUCCUAUGUCUGCUCAUUGUAAAGUGCUGGUAGAAGUGGUGGACCUGAACGACAACGCUCCUGAGAUCACUGUGACGUCACUGGUAAAUACAGUGAGGGAGGACGCUGAUGCAGAGACAGGAGAUAUAGUCAGCCUGCAGGCCUUUAACUUCGAGGAGUUAAAAACAUUUCAGUUUAAAGUUCAGGCCACAGACUCUGGUGUUCCUCCGCUCAGUAGCAACGUGACUGUGAACGUUUUUAUCCUGGAUGAGAAUGACAACAGUCCCACGAUUCUUGCGCCCUAUUCUGAGCACGGCUCCGUUAACAGUGAGAGCAUCCCCUACUCUGCUGAAGCGGGAUACUUUGUGGCAAAGAUCAGGGCUGUAGACGCAGACUCUGGAUACAAUGCGCUGCUUUCUUAUCACCUCUCUGAGCCCAAAGGAAACAACCUCUUCAGGAUCGGAACCAGCACCGGAGAAAUCAGGACUAAGAGGAGAAUGAGUGACAAUGACCUGAAAACUCACCCCUUGGUGGUCUUGGUUUCUGAUAACGGAGAAGCCUCCCUGUCAGCUACUGUGUCUAUUGAGGUGGUGGUGGUUGAAAGCACAGCUGACAUCCAGACUCAGUUCAGACAUGUGCCCAUAAAGGAGGACAGCUUCUCUGAUUUAAACCUGUAUCUGCUGAUCGCCAUUGUGUCGGUGUCAGUGAUCUUUCUGCUGAGCCUCAUCAGUUUAAUAGCUGUCAAAUGCCACAGGACAGACGGCAGUUUCAGCAGGUACAGCGCCCCAAUGAUCACCACCCACCCUGACGGGAGCUGGUCUUACUCUAAAGCUACUCAGCAGUAUGACGUCUGUUUCAGCUCAGACACACUCAAGAGUGACGUAGUGGUUUUCCCCGCACCGUUUCCGCCUGUAGAUGCGGAGUUGAUCAGUAUUAACGGAGGAGACACUUUUACCAGAACCCAGACGCUGCCCAAUAAAGAAAAGGUAAGAAAAUAA